AUGUCCAACGUCCACCACCCAGCUGGAGAAUUCAAACCAUCAAGACCUCACGACGAACAUCUGGAUGGCCCAAAGCAUAAACCCGGCGUCAAGGCAUCACCAGCAGACCAUGUACCAGAGUCCCACCCCCAGCCAGUCGCAGUAGGCACUGCUCCGCGUGGAAAUUUAUACCAACCCAAGCCGUCGGCGGAGGACAUUGGUGGCAAUGAAGAAGGCGUUCCCGCCAGCUCGACUUUGAUGGGAGCUACAUCUGCGGACGUGAAUAAGGGAAUGGGAAAGCCGAUGCAGGGUCAGACACAGACCGAAAUUAGACACGAAGGCGAACAUCAUCGGAAGAAUCCAGGCUCUGGGCUGGAAGGAGUGGGUGCAAACACUGCCAGAACCGAGACGGAGAUGAAUAGGUUGCAGAGGGAGUAA